ACUCCCAGGAGAGCAGCUCUCUGAGGAGGCAGCAGCUCUCUCUCUCUCACGAGGCAGCAGCUCCUCAAGAGGAAGCAGCUUUCUUGGGUGCCUUUGGCCAGUGUUCGUCAGAGCACCGCCAAAAUGUCAAAGAGACAGGAGGCGAACGCCCACUGCCAGUCCCGUGAGGGGCAGCCGCUGCUGUCCAAGCGGCAACAGGUGACCCAGAGGCUGCCGCAGGCAGCAGCGGAUGUCACAUUGGUGACCAUCAUGCCCCUCCACGGGGACAGACUGGCUCCCAGACAGGACACCUCACGGACACCAACAGGACAGAGAACAAAGGAGGCCAGCCUGGAGAGGGGGCAUUCUCUGCCCCACAGUGGCACCGUCACACGGACACAAAUAUUGUCCGUGUCAGACUUGCCGCCUCUCCACGGCCCUCCACUGACAGUGACACCUCCAUGCUGGUUCAGGCCUGAAAUGCCAAAAUCAGCCUCGACAAGGGUCAAGCUGCCCCUUCUGCCAGCAGCCCCAGCAGCCUCGGCGUCUUCUCCCAAACUCAGAGCACAGUCUGCAGACCCUGUCAGCAGCCGCAGCCGAGAGCUUGUGACACCUUCUCCAUGGGGCUCUCUGGCUGCUGACAGGGCCCAGGUAACACCUUCCCCGCCCAGCUCAGCUGAACGGCUCUGGCAAGGGUCAGUGGCAGGGCAGGGCCAUCGCCUGCCCCCCCUGCGAGGUGCAGGUGUUGUGCCGCUGCACACAGGGACCCAGCCUGCCUGGGAGCACCUGGGGCACAGCGAGACGGAGGAGCUCUCUGAGGUGCAGGGAGAGCACGGUGGCAAAACGUCCAGAGACCUGCUUAGAGGCCGUGCCCCGUGCCUGUGGGAAGAUACAUCCAUCAAGUCCACUGGCACCCAGGAGCACUCAUGUGUCUGCCAGGAGGCGGAUUCUAAGGCCCAAGUGCUCCCCAGCACUCCCGGCUUGACCGAAGGCUCCACAGGAGAGACGGGAAACUCCUCUGAGCUCAUGUCUCCUGGCCUGAUUGCAGAGCUGUGCUCUCCCUCUGACAACUCGUGGGUCGGGAACACUUUGCUAAAGGACCCGGAGAAGUGCGAGGAAGAAGAGUUUGCAGACACAGAGGCUGCAGGAGACGAAGACAGAGACUCCCAGAGUGUGUCACUGGCCCCACUGAAAGUGGAAAAGGCAGAGGCAGAAGUUUCUGCCCUGGCCGGAGAUCCCUGGGAGGAGGAGCCCAGUGAGCUUUUCCCCAUCACAGAGCCCGAGGAAACCUCAGGCUUCUCAGGUUCCUCUUCAUCUGGAGACCCCUCUGAGAGGAAGGGAACUCAUCGGCCAGCAGAGCAAAGCGCCCAGGGCAAACUGCCGUGCACGGAGACUGAGGAGGCUUCAAAGCACCUUCUGCAUAUCACAGCAGAGGAGCUGGAGGAGUUGGAGGAAGACAUCCUCUCCUCAGUGGAUCAAGAAAGCCCCUUGGUGCCGCACAGCAUUUGCAGCUGGGGCAAAGACUGUGCAGGAGAGACUGAACACCACUCACAGCUCGUGCCUCCUGACCUGUUUGAAGAGCUGUGGUCUCUCUUUAACAACAAGGACGUGCCAUGCUGGGACACUCGUGUAGACCAGUUACUGGAAAAGUGGGAGGAAGAAGAGCUCCCUGACAGAGACACAGCAGGAGAGGGGGACAGUGAGCCAGAGAGUGAUCUGUGUCUCCCCCUGCACGAUGAAGAAGCGGAGCCAGCAGGUUCUCCUCUGGUCAGUGAUCCCUGUGAUGAGGGGCACAGCGAGGCUCUCCUCAGGGCACCACCCGAAGAGGCAAAGGCGUCGGCUUGUGUCUCGACUGCAAAUCCCAUGGAGGAAGCCGAUGCAGCAUGCAUGGAAGCUAUCUGUUCUCAGGCCAGCCUUGCCCAGGAAAAUCCCUGUGGGGCUGAGGCAAUGCCAAGAGCUUGCCCUGUGCCUGCCCAGCCCCCGACAUGCAGUGUUCCUUGGUCCCCCACUGACAGGCCCACUGUCCACAUCUCCCCUGCAGAGCCGUCCUACUUUCCUGAAUGUUGACACUCCCACCCACCUUGGUGGUGUCACAAAUUUACUGCUGAAGGUACCCACGAUGCCCUUGGCCACAUCAGCAGGACAGACUGGGCACAGGGGACACCACUACUGACUGGACACCAACUGGAUGCAGCACCAUUCGCAGCCAGUCUCUGGACAUGACCGUCCUGACAGUUCUGAGCCCAACAAAGAGUGCACCUGGCCAAGCCCUGGGCUGAUAGCUUUUUCAGUACUGUGCUGUGUAAAGAUGGGGUCACAGGCUUGGCUCAAGUCCUGGGAGAGUUCAUGCACAGCUUGUCCCUCAGCCCUGAUGUGGGUCAUCCACACCUCAAAGGAUGUCAGGUUGCUCAGACAGGACCUGUCUUUCCUACACCCACAUUGGUUGGGCUAGAUCCGUCAGCUGUCCUCUCUGGGCUGUGUGAUCCCCCUCAUUAUGAUCUGCUCCAGAACCCUGCAGUGUCCCACGGUCAGGCUCACAGGCCUGCAGAUCCGCUCUUCCUCCUUCUUGGGCAUGACUGCUGCAUUCGGCACCUUCAGUCGUCUGGGGUAUCCUGACUGGCCAGGACUGAUCAUAAAGGACAGAGAUUGGAUUUGCAAGCUCUUCUGCCAGCUCCCUGAGCACUCUUGGGGGAUUCCUGUCCACCCCCACAGACUUGUCAGUGUUUCAGUGGCUUUGUAGGUUACUAAUAACUUCCUCUAGGAUUCAUGGUGUUUUUCUGCUCCUCAUCCCUGUUUUCUUUUUCAAGGCUCUAACAGUUAUCUUUGUUUGAGAACCUAGGUCAAGAAAGCAAUAAAAUCUUUAGCCGCUUCCU